AGUAUAUAAUUUUAUAAAAUAUGAGAGUCAAUUUUGUAUUAUUGGCAAUUAUAUUAUGGACAUUGAAUGUGUCACUAUCGGUGCAAAAUAUAUUAACAAAUGAAAUACAGAGAACAAGGAAAUUGUAUAAACAAUUAAAAGAUUCUGAUGUCUGUACUACCGGUGCUUGUGAUUUGGCCGGUAAGGCAUUGAAGGCUAACCUAAACGUUUCGGUCGAUCCGUGCAAUGAUUUCUAUGAGUUUGCUUGCGGCGGAUGGAAGACAACACAUACCAUACCCGAAGAUAAACCCUUUUAUUUUGGUGAUGUGGCCCUACAGGAGACCAUCGAUCAGACAAUUAAGGCAUCGCUUAGUCAAACAAAGUCUAUCAAUGAUCCGAUGACUGUUAGAUAUGCAUCAGAUCUGUUCAAAUGUUGCAUUGAUAACGUCACGCGUGAAUCACGUGGAGUUUCGCCUCUUAUCAAUGCUAUCAAUGUGAUCGGCGGAUGGCCUUUAGUCAGUCCAUCGCAUGGCACCGAUAGUUACGAUUGGAAACAGUCGUUCUCAGCACUGAUAGCUGUGUUGGGAACGCAUCCUAUUUUUGGAAUCGAUGUUAUGCCUGACUCUAACGAUACCAAAGUUAACAGAUUUAAUUUUGAUUCGGCACCGUUUGGUUUGGGUCGAAACCAAUUGGUUAAUACCAGUGCAUAUCCCGAUAUAGUUAAUGCAUACAAAAAAUAUAUACUUGAAGCGGCACUACUAUUAGGCGGUAAAAAUAAUAGUCAAACACAACAAGACAUUGAAGAUAUGGUUAGAUUUGAGUCAAAGCUGGCAAAUGAAACAUUAACACAGGAAGAGAAACGAGACUCCAGUGUCUGGUAUAAUAGGAUGUCAUUUGAAAAAUUUAUUACAUUGACUGAUAAACGUGUCGAUUGGCUUAACCUAAUAAACAGUAUUUACACCAAAAUUAAUUCAACAAUACGUGUCACUAAAAAUGAUUUAGUGAUAGUUCAAGAUAUUAAAUACUAUAAAGCAAUUACCAAAUUGCUUGAGAAUACACCUAAAAAAGUAAUUGCCAACUACUUUGGUUGGUAUGCAGUGUCUGGUUUGGGCUCAUGGACUACUAGUGCUUUCAAGAAAAUUAAUUUCGAGUUUAAUCAACUUAUAUCCGGUGCCGUCAAAGAUCAGGAAUUAUGGAGAUAUUGUUUAAAUGAUUUGUCAAACGGCUUAGAGUACGCUAUUAGUCGCGUAUAUAUCGAUAAAAGUUUUACUAAAAAAGAUAAGGAAAAGUCAUCGCUUAUAAUCAAAGAUAUAAAGGAUUCAUAUAAUAAUUUAAUUCAAAUGAAUGAUUGGUUGGAUGAAAGUACUAAAAAUAAAUCGCUGUCCAAAUUGAAUGCCAUUCACCGUAACGUUGGUUAUCCCGAUUGGAUUCUUGAUAACAAUGAAUUGGAUCAUUAUUACAAUUUACAACGAUCGGUCGAUUUUAAGAAAUUUUUUGAAAGUAUUUUGUAUUUACAAAAUAAUGCCAUUUUCAGAGAGUAUACAUCACUGAGACAACCGGUCAAUCUCGACAAAAGUUGGCCGAUGUCUCCACACAUAGUCAACGCAGCCUAUGAACCGACACAAAACUCUAUCACAAUACCUGCUGGACAACUAACUCCACCAUAUUUUGACAUCAACAUACCGGCUCAAAUUAAUUAUGGCGCUAUUGGAUCAGUAGUGGGACAUGAAUUGACACAUGGGUUUGAUGAUGAAGGCAGUCAAUAUGAUGCCGACGGAAAUCUAGUCGAUUGGUGGACGGAUACAAUUCACGAUCGGUUCAACAAAAAAGCCGACUGUUUUAUCAAUGAGUACAGCAAUUUUGUUGAACCGCAAACACAUAUGCAUCUAAAUGGCAACAAUACUGUCGGUGAAAAUAUAGCCGACAACGGAGGUAUACGUGAAUCGUACAGAGCUUAUGAACUGUAUCUUAAAACACAACCAAAACAGCAACGAUUGCCACAUAUAAGCCAAUACACACCCGAACAGCAAUUUUUCAUUUCAUACGCCAAUACCUGGUGCUCAAUAUACCGCACAGAAUAUAUUAAAAACAUGAUUGAGUAUAACCCGCACAGUCCGGCCAAAUAUCGGGUAAAUGUCCCGCUGUCUAACUUUAAGACAUUUUCCGAUGUAUACAAAUGUAGUCCACAAUCACAGAUGAACCGCAAAAACAAAUGUGUUUUGUGGUAA